CCGAGAAUUGUUUUUCGUUGAAAAAAUCGCUCUUCCGAUUUUAGUGAUUUUUCCGAUUUUUCCGAGCGUUUACGCAAAAACGCACUGUUUUAACAAACUAAGAAGUAUCUUCAUCAGUUUCCGCUAGAAUAGAAGCUUUCUGAGAAUGUCCGGGAACCCUACCGAGGAGUUAGAAUUGCUGGAACGAGUAUUGCUCCGUUUGGGGUACGCCGAUACCGAUGAGCAACUACAGACCACGAUCACCAAGUUUCUUACGCCGGUACUGAUCAAGAUCACUUCGCCGAAUGAAAACGUUCGCAAGAAGGUGAUGGAGAUUCUGACGCACAUCAACAAGCGUCUGAAGUCACGGAAUCAAAUCCAGAUCCCACUCGCUCCGCUGUUGGCACAGUAUCAGCAGGCAAACUCCUUAUUUCUUAUCAACUUUGCCAUCAUCUACAUCACGAUGGGCUUUCCGAGGAUGACAGUGGAGGAGCAGACGGAAAUGGCACCUGUUUUGCUGAACUGUCUCGAGGGAAAGCCGGAAACGCAUCAGGACAAGAUACUGAUGCUUGUGCUUCCACUGCUGGGUGAAAUCAAGAUUCCCGAAAACCCUGAAAACCGUUCCGAGCUAUUGGGGCUCUCCAAUAAGCCGCACACCAAGCAGCAGCUGCUCUCGAUUCUGAUGGAUGUUCUUUUGCUGCCGUACGGCACACUGCCGGACAGUGAUGUACCGUCUGGUAUGAGCGUGUAUACGUUCAAGCGCGUUACUGUGAAACCACCGAAGGCUGAAGAGCUCGAGCAGCUCAAGAAAGGUAUUGUACGGUUCCUCUGUGGAGGGAUCUUCCCGGAUCCGGAGAUUCUCGCCCACCUAGUGGUAGCAUCAGCCGAUACGAGGUUUUCGGUUGCUACGCCGGCCAUUGGGGAGUUGAAUAAAAUCUGUAGCUCGCUCGAUUGGACCGAUCCCAAGCUGUCGGCCCCACUGUACACGCUGUUCACGGGAAAUGGCUCAAAGAUACCCGACCGCAAGACGAGUGGCGUGAGUGCGAGGGUACGGCAGAAGUUGCUGCAACAUUUGCUCAAAUGUCGUGGCAAUGGAAUCAUUACGGCCAGAGGUAUGCAGGUGAUAUUUGAGUCGCUCUUUGGUGAAGUAACGAAUCAAAAGUGUAAAGUACUGGCUCUCCAGUUUGCCUACAAUCUCAUCAACCAUGGCGAUCCUGAUUUGAUCAACAAACUAUCGCAAGUGCUAUUAACUGGAAUAGCUAAACUCAUUGGAACAUCGUCAGAAGAAAGCAUCGAAGUUCAGAAUGCUGCCUAUAGUGCGCUGGCCCAGCUUGCCAUCGUUUGUCCCACGACCGUAAAUCAAGACAUACAGUUGGUGGGCGAGUACUUUAAUCAUUUGCAGCAGGCACCGGUCGACAUGCAGUCAUCCAUACGCGAGGCACUGGUCGCAUUGGCCCAAGCGUUCGAUUGGCGUAAGCAGCCACAGCCAGCUGCUACGGCCGCUAUGGAAACGGAUGAUGGUGCAACCAAGCAGCAGCCGCGCCUGUUUGUACCGAAUGCCAAUCAGAAUUUGCUGCUAGCAUUGCUUGGCGAGAAAGCCGAAUCCAAGAUGCCGAUCGUGCAGAAUGUAGCUUCGGUUUUUCUGACCACCUGCUUUCCCGAUUAUUUUGUUCCAUCGCGCUAUCUGUUGCUGAUUAUCUGCGGAGAAAGCGCUCAGUUGCGUGAAAUGAUGACCACCUAUCUGUACGGUGUGUCAAAGAAGGAUCACAUCAAUUAUGCGGCCAUACUGUCGGUCGAUGAUUCCGAACGUCUCCAGUCGGCGAACGCUGAGCAAGCGGCGUUGAAGAAGAACCCUCUGUCGAGCAGCAACGAACCGAAGCGCAUUGUGUUGCCCAAGUUUUGCGAUAUGGUAGAGUACGUGGCGAUGAAAGCGGAACGUAAGGUGGCCACUAUUGUGGAUCGCAUGGGAUAUGGGAAGAUAAAGUUACCCUACAGUAUCGAUACGUACAUCGAGGUGCUGGACUAUUUGCGUAUCUGUUUGCUGUUUAACGCGGGAGUUGACACACAUCCCCGUGAUGAUAAGGAACUGUUCAAGCUAAGCGGCUUUCUGCGCAAACUGGCUCAGGAUGAAGGGCAGCGAAAGACGCUCGUGAAGUAUAAUGAUCUCGUCCGGCGGCUAGUAAUCGCACGGAAAGGAAUGGCUGAACUGACCUGUUUGUACGAUCUCGUUAAUGGCAUCCCGGACGUGUUGGUUAACGAGAACAAGGAUCUACUGUUGACCUUGGAAGCUUCGUUGAAGGAAAUUUCUGAGCCGACGCGUGCCCUUAUUGCCAAAGUGUACGGAGUGCUGUUAGCAUACGUUUCCGAUGAUGCCGCAUUCGAUAAACAAGUGAAGGAACUGCAAACACUAGGCAGCAAGUCGUUGGAAACGCGUCAUGGUUCGCUGCUAGCGGCUUCGAAUGCGGUUUACCGCAAGUUGCUUAUCCAACGAUCUAGUGGCGUACCGGUGUCCAGCGACUGGGUUACUUUGAAAGAGCUGGUCCAACUGCUAGUGGCGCUUUUGAACGAUCAACAAUCGCUACUACAGUCGGCAGCCAUAAGAGGACUAUGUUUGAUCGGAUCGAACACGGUGCUACCUUUACCAGCCACUGCUAGCGAAAACAUGGAGACCGAUGCCAGCGUAAGUGCUUCGACGAGUACCUCGAAGGCUUCCCUAUUGGAAACGCUAAUGACACUACUACAGAGUGGACAUACGAAAGCGAAAAUUCGUGAGGAUAGUGCCCAUUGUCUCGGGUAUUUGGCUAUUGGUGAUCGAGAGUAUUUUGCACGCAAGGUUUUGGAACGAUUCUUGAAGUUGCUCAAACUGACCAAGGAUCCUGCACUGCACAUUGCUAUCGGACAGGGUCUCGCUUAUACCCUACAGGGGCUACCGAAUGGUGCCGAUGGUCGUGAAGUCACUGACGGCACAAUAGGUAACGUGGACGAUGAAACACUCACCUGGUUCUUGAUUGAACUCGUGAAGCAGGUCAACGAGCCGCAUGCCUACCUUAGACAAGCAUGUGCCAUUUGGCUACUGGCGGUGGUGAAGAAUUGUAAACAGCGUCGCCCUGUGCUGGAGAAACGGCAAAUUUUGCAACUUGCCCUCACUGAUCUACUGUCGGAGGAUAAUGAACUUGUCCAAGAUGUAGCCUCGCGGGCCCUAGGUAUUGUAUAUUCUCUCUCAGACGCGGAGGGUCAGGAGGAAAUGACGCAUCUGCUGCUGGAUCAACUGAUUGGUGGUAGACGCGAUGUACGCAAGGUGGCAGACGAUACGAAACUGUUUGAAGAAGGUGUUCUUGGCAAGGCUCCGACGGGCGGCAAGAUGAGCACUUACAAAGAGCUGUGUAACUUGGCCUCGGAUCUCAACAAGCCAGACGUGCUGUACGAGUUUCUGCAGAUCGCUAAUCACAACGCCACAUGGAAUAGCAAGCUGGGGGCUGCCUUCGGUUUACAGCCGAUCUCCAAAUCAGCCAAACUCGAACCAUACCUAGGCAAGAUAGUACCGCGUCUAUUCCGUUACAAGUAUGAUCCGACGCCCAAGAUCCAAAACUCCAUGAUCAGCAUCUGGGAUUCGGUUGUGGCCGAUUCCAAGGCCACAGUUGAGUUGUACUACUGGGAGAUACUGGAGGAUGUAACCACCAACCUUACCGCUUAUGAAUGGCGUACGCGAAUUGCUUGCUGUCUCGCGGUACGCGAUCUGAUCAAGCGAUCGGCUGGCCUGAAGCUUCGGUCCGAUACUAGGAAAAGUUCGAAGCCCAAAGAUGAAGCCGCCGGUCAGAAAUCAGAGUCAGUGAAAGAAGAUGAUGCUAAAGCAAUGGAAGUCGAUGAGCAGGCAGUCGUACCAGAACCGGAAUUGCGUCAGCUUUGGAGUCAACUGUUCCGUGUGAUGGACGAUUGCCACGAGGGUACUCGCUUGGCUGCGGAAGGAACUGCGAAUGCACUGAGUAAAGUGUGCGUCGCCGCUUCAUCGAGUGAUCAUGGUAAAUCGGGACUAAACGUGGCCAGUUCGAUUAUUCCAUUGUUUCUGGAGACGGGCGUAACCCACACGGUGCCCGAAAUACGGCGCUUAAGCAUUCGUACGCUCUCGGAGUUGAUCGAUUCAGCGGGUGCAUUGAUUAUGCCGCAUUUGACAAGCCUGGUACCGUGUCUGUUGCAAGCGACCGGAGAGCUAGACUCCACCAAACUUACCUACCUUUCAACGAUGGUUUCGGGUCAGGCAAGCAGUGGAACACAGGAAGCGAUUGAUUCGCUGCGUGCAGAAGCCGCCAAGCAACAUUAUACGAUGGAGACGUUGACCAAGUGUAUCCGGCAUAUCGAUUACCCGUGCCUGGAACGUAUGACUCCGGCUGUGCUCGAUGUGCUAAAGACGAGUGUCAAUCUGGGUUCGAAGGUGGCCUGUGCACACUUCAUCUGCUUGGUGUGUAUUCAUCUCGGAGCUGAGAUGCAACCGCUCUCGAGCAAGUACUUGGGCGCUUGCUUCGGUGGACUCUCGGAUCGUAAUGCUACCGUGCGCAAGUAUUAUGCAUCAGCGAUUGGCCAUUUGAUCGGAACGGCCAAGGAGCAAUCGAUUGUUCGGUUGUUUGGGAAGCUGCAGGAACUAUACUUUGAACAGCAAUCGAUCCGCUCGAAGGCCGUUCCACAGACAAUACAGGCGAUCAAUAAGCGCCACCAGGAGGUACUGAAAGACUACAGUGGCCACGUGUUACCACUGGUGUUCUUUGCCAUGCACGAGGAACAGACGGAGGAAAACAAAUCGACAGUGGAGUUGUGGCAAGAGCUGUGGAACGAAAUCAAUACUGGUGAUGCUGGUUUGCGGUUGAAUAUGGAGGCAAUUGUUACAAUCCUAGAGACCAAUCUGAACAACGCGUCCUGGGUUUUGAAGGCACAAGCGGGUGCCGCGACUGCUACACUAGCAUCCAAAAUACGCUCUCAUCUGGACGAUUCGGUGCGACUGCGAUUGAUCGAUUUGAUUCUAAACAAUGUAACUGGCCGCACGUUCCAGGGAAAGGAGCGGUUACUUCAAGCGUUGGCCAGUCUGUGCAAGAUGCUGGAUCAAACCGCGACCAAUCAUGCGCAGCGCAUUGUGGAUGCGGUGAUGAAGGAGUGUCGCAAGGAGGAACCAGUCUACCGAACGCAUGCUCUGCGCUCGCUAGGCAACAUAUUGGACGAGCUAAAGGUGGACCGGUUCGAAGAGCUCUAUAACAUGGUAUGGCAUUUGCUUGACAAUCAGCAGCAACAGCAGCAGGAUUCUGCCAAUGAAAAAAGUGGUUCCUCAUCCUCGUCCAGUGGAGCCACAUCGUCUAGUGGUAACGAUGGAUCGGCUGCAGAGUUCGUUACAUCGGAGGAACGAAAUAAGCAAAUGGUAAUCUCCGUGCAGCUUAAAGAAACCGUCUGUGAGACACUUGGCAAAGCGUGGCCAGAAAAUUCGAUCGAAACGCAACGACGCUUUCAACAGAUGUUCGUUGAGAAGUGCGUCCAGUGCUUAAAGCUGAACACUCGACCAGUGCAGAUGUGUCUGUUGCAAUCGUUGGGACGCUUUCUGGAGCGUUUGCAUCUGUUGCGAAAACCGGAAUCGGAUGAUAAUCGGGCGGAGAAAGACAAGACCACCGGAUCUCUGGAAGGAAAUAGAGAAAAGAAAGCGAAAGUCGAACUGGUGGAGGAUGGUGCUGCAGAGUCCUCGGGCGUACUGGAGCGUAUCUGCCGAAUCGUUCUCUCAGCAAUCGUUGAAGUGGCCGCCAUCCCACACACCGGACUCAAGAAGGAAGCACUCAAUAUCAUGCUGAUACUGGCUAACAAGCUGAAGGCCAAGGAGGUCGGCAAGGUGGACACGGAGUUAGCUCUGGUUCGGCAAACCUUCGAGCAAGUUAUGCAGCAAUUGCAAAAGGACACCGCACCGGAAGUGAAGUGUCGGCUGAAGGAUUUGGAAGAAAAAUUGAAAGAUGCGAUCGAGCUCACCAUCGAGGAUGUAACCACCAACCUUACCGCUUAUGAAUGGCGUACGCGAAUUGCUUGCUGUCUCGCGGUACGCGAUCUGAUCAAGCGAUCGGCUGGCCUGAAGCUUCGGUCCGAUACUAGGAAAAGUUCGAAGCCCAAAGAUGAAGCCGCCGGUCAGAAAUCAGAGUCAGUGAAAGAAGAUGAUGCUAAAGCAAUGGAAGUCGAUGAGCAGGCAGUCGUACCAGAACCGGAAUUGCGUCAGCUUUGGAGUCAACUGUUCCGUGUGAUGGACGAUUGCCACGAGGGUACUCGCUUGGCUGCGGAAGGAACUGCGAAUGCACUGAGUAAAGUGUGCGUCGCCGCUUCAUCGAGUGAUCAUGGUAAAUCGGGACUAAACGUGGCCAGUUCGAUUAUUCCAUUGUUUCUGGAGACGGGCGUAACCCACACGGUGCCCGAAAUACGGCGCUUAAGCAUUCGUACGCUCUCGGAGUUGAUCGAUUCAGCGGGUGCAUUGAUUAUGCCGCAUUUGACAAGCCUGGUACCGUGUCUGUUGCAAGCGACCGGAGAGCUAGACUCCACCAAACUUACCUACCUUUCAACGAUGGUUUCGGGUCAGGCAAGCAGUGGAACACAGGAAGCGAUUGAUUCGCUGCGUGCAGAAGCCGCCAAGCAACAUUAUACGAUGGAGACGUUGACCAAGUGUAUCCGGCAUAUCGAUUACCCGUGCCUGGAACGUAUGACUCCGGCUGUGCUCGAUGUGCUAAAGACGAGUGUCAAUCUGGGUUCGAAGGUGGCCUGUGCACACUUCAUCUGCUUGGUGUGUAUUCAUCUCGGAGCUGAGAUGCAACCGCUCUCGAGCAAGUACUUGGGCGCUUGCUUCGGUGGACUCUCGGAUCGUAAUGCUACCGUGCGCAAGUAUUAUGCAUCAGCGAUUGGCCAUUUGAUCGGAACGGCCAAGGAGCAAUCGAUUGUUCGGUUGUUUGGGAAGCUGCAGGAACUAUACUUUGAACAGCAAUCGAUCCGCUCGAAGGCCGUUCCACAGACAAUACAGGCGAUCAAUAAGCGCCACCAGGAGGUACUGAAAGACUACAGUGGCCACGUGUUACCACUGGUGUUCUUUGCCAUGCACGAGGAACAGACGGAGGAAAACAAAUCGACAGUGGAGUUGUGGCAAGAGCUGUGGAACGAAAUCAAUACUGGUGAUGCUGGUUUGCGGUUGAAUAUGGAGGCAAUUGUUACAAUCCUAGAGACCAAUCUGAACAACGCGUCCUGGGUUUUGAAGGCACAAGCGGGUGCCGCGACUGCUACACUAGCAUCCAAAAUACGCUCUCAUCUGGACGAUUCGGUGCGACUGCGAUUGAUCGAUUUGAUUCUAAACAAUGUAACUGGCCGCACGUUCCAGGGAAAGGAGCGGUUACUUCAAGCGUUGGCCAGUCUGUGCAAGAUGCUGGAUCAAACCGCGACCAAUCAUGCGCAGCGCAUUGUGGAUGCGGUGAUGAAGGAGUGUCGCAAGGAGGAACCAGUCUACCGAACGCAUGCUCUGCGCUCGCUAGGCAACAUAUUGGACGAGCUAAAGGUGGACCGGUUCGAAGAGCUCUAUAACAUGGUAUGGCAUUUGCUUGACAAUCAGCAGCAACAGCAGCAGGAUUCUGCCAAUGAAAAAAGUGGUUCCUCAUCCUCGUCCAGUGGAGCCACAUCGUCUAGUGGUAACGAUGGAUCGGCUGCAGAGUUCGUUACAUCGGAGGAACGAAAUAAGCAAAUGGUAAUCUCCGUGCAGCUUAAAGAAACCGUCUGUGAGACACUUGGCAAAGCGUGGCCAGAAAAUUCGAUCGAAACGCAACGACGCUUUCAACAGAUGUUCGUUGAGAAGUGCGUCCAGUGCUUAAAGCUGAACACUCGACCAGUGCAGAUGUGUCUGUUGCAAUCGUUGGGACGCUUUCUGGAGCGUUUGCAUCUGUUGCGAAAACCGGAAUCGGAUGAUAAUCGGGCGGAGAAAGACAAGACCACCGGAUCUCUGGAAGGAAAUAGAGAAAAGAAAGCGAAAGUCGAACUGGUGGAGGAUGGUGCUGCAGAGUCCUCGGGCGUACUGGAGCGUAUCUGCCGAAUCGUUCUCUCAGCAAUCGUUGAAGUGGCCGCCAUCCCACACACCGGACUCAAGAAGGAAGCACUCAAUAUCAUGCUGAUACUGGCUAACAAGCUGAAGGCCAAGGAGGUCGGCAAGGUGGACACGGAGUUAGCUCUGGUUCGGCAAACCUUCGAGCAAGUUAUGCAGCAAUUGCAAAAGGACACCGCACCGGAAGUGAAGUGUCGGCUGAAGGAUUUGGAAGAAAAAUUGAAAGAUGCGAUCGAGCUCACCAUCGAGGAUGUAACCACCAACCUUACCGCUUAUGAAUGGCGUACGCGAAUUGCUUGCUGUCUCGCGGUACGCGAUCUGAUCAAGCGAUCGGCUGGCCUGAAGCUUCGGUCCGAUACUAGGAAAAGUUCGAAGCCCAAAGAUGAAGCCGCCGGUCAGAAAUCAGAGUCAGUGAAAGAAGAUGAUGCUAAAGCAAUGGAAGUCGAUGAGCAGGCAGUCGUACCAGAACCGGAAUUGCGUCAGCUUUGGAGUCAACUGUUCCGUGUGAUGGACGAUUGCCACGAGGGUACUCGCUUGGCUGCGGAAGGAACUGCGAAUGCACUGAGUAAAGUGUGCGUCGCCGCUUCAUCGAGUGAUCAUGGUAAAUCGGGACUAAACGUGGCCAGUUCGAUUAUUCCAUUGUUUCUGGAGACGGGCGUAACCCACACGGUGCCCGAAAUACGGCGCUUAAGCAUUCGUACGCUCUCGGAGUUGAUCGAUUCAGCGGGUGCAUUGAUUAUGCCGCAUUUGACAAGCCUGGUACCGUGUCUGUUGCAAGCGACCGGAGAGCUAGACUCCACCAAACUUACCUACCUUUCAACGAUGGUUUCGGGUCAGGCAAGCAGUGGAACACAGGAAGCGAUUGAUUCGCUGCGUGCAGAAGCCGCCAAGCAACAUUAUACGAUGGAGACGUUGACCAAGUGUAUCCGGCAUAUCGAUUACCCGUGCCUGGAACGUAUGACUCCGGCUGUGCUCGAUGUGCUAAAGACGAGUGUCAAUCUGGGUUCGAAGGUGGCCUGUGCACACUUCAUCUGCUUGGUGUGUAUUCAUCUCGGAGCUGAGAUGCAACCGCUCUCGAGCAAGUACUUGGGCGCUUGCUUCGGUGGACUCUCGGAUCGUAAUGCUACCGUGCGCAAGUAUUAUGCAUCAGCGAUUGGCCAUUUGAUCGGAACGGCCAAGGAGCAAUCGAUUGUUCGGUUGUUUGGGAAGCUGCAGGAACUAUACUUUGAACAGCAAUCGAUCCGCUCGAAGGCCGUUCCACAGACAAUACAGGCGAUCAAUAAGCGCCACCAGGAGGUACUGAAAGACUACAGUGGCCACGUGUUACCACUGGUGUUCUUUGCCAUGCACGAGGAACAGACGGAGGAAAACAAAUCGACAGUGGAGUUGUGGCAAGAGCUGUGGAACGAAAUCAAUACUGGUGAUGCUGGUUUGCGGUUGAAUAUGGAGGCAAUUGUUACAAUCCUAGAGACCAAUCUGAACAACGCGUCCUGGGUUUUGAAGGCACAAGCGGGUGCCGCGACUGCUACACUAGCAUCCAAAAUACGCUCUCAUCUGGACGAUUCGGUGCGACUGCGAUUGAUCGAUUUGAUUCUAAACAAUGUAACUGGCCGCACGUUCCAGGGAAAGGAGCGGUUACUUCAAGCGUUGGCCAGUCUGUGCAAGAUGCUGGAUCAAACCGCGACCAAUCAUGCGCAGCGCAUUGUGGAUGCGGUGAUGAAGGAGUGUCGCAAGGAGGAACCAGUCUACCGAACGCAUGCUCUGCGCUCGCUAGGCAACAUAUUGGACGAGCUAAAGGUGGACCGGUUCGAAGAGCUCUAUAACAUGGUAUGGCAUUUGCUUGACAAUCAGCAGCAACAGCAGCAGGAUUCUGCCAAUGAAAAAAGUGGUUCCUCAUCCUCGUCCAGUGGAGCCACAUCGUCUAGUGGUAACGAUGGAUCGGCUGCAGAGUUCGUUACAUCGGAGGAACGAAAUAAGCAAAUGGUAAUCUCCGUGCAGCUUAAAGAAACCGUCUGUGAGACACUUGGCAAAGCGUGGCCAGAAAAUUCGAUCGAAACGCAACGACGCUUUCAACAGAUGUUCGUUGAGAAGUGCGUCCAGUGCUUAAAGCUGAACACUCGACCAGUGCAGAUGUGUCUGUUGCAAUCGUUGGGACGCUUUCUGGAGCGUUUGCAUCUGUUGCGAAAACCGGAAUCGGAUGAUAAUCGGGCGGAGAAAGACAAGACCACCGGAUCUCUGGAAGGAAAUAGAGAAAAGAAAGCGAAAGUCGAACUGGUGGAGGAUGGUGCUGCAGAGUCCUCGGGCGUACUGGAGCGUAUCUGCCGAAUCGUUCUCUCAGCAAUCGUUGAAGUGGCCGCCAUCCCACACACCGGACUCAAGAAGGAAGCACUCAAUAUCAUGCUGAUACUGGCUAACAAGCUGAAGGCCAAGGAGGUCGGCAAGGUGGACACGGAGUUAGCUCUGGUUCGGCAAACCUUCGAGCAAGUUAUGCAGCAAUUGCAAAAGGACACCGCACCGGAAGUGAAGUGUCGGCUGAAGGAUUUGGAAGAAAAAUUGAAGUAAACUGUGGUGGCUACGACGACUUGCAGAAGAUUACUUAUACCCCUCUCGUACGUACAUUAGCGUGUGAAAAUGUCUUCUUUCCGGGCGAUGUUGAGCAGUACCGGCCGUUUGGGGUGGAGGGAGUGUGCGAUUGUGAAGAUUCUCACCAUUACAAAACAUAAAAAGAAACGAAAGACUUACUUUGGAACUGUA